AUGACAAACCAAGACUACGUCCAACUUAACCGCACCGGCGACAAGAUGCCUCUUGUAGGCUUUGGUUGCUGGAAAGUGAGCAAAGAUGAUGUGGAGAACACUAUUUACGCUGCCGUCAAAGCUGGUUAUCGCCUUUUUGAUGGCGCUUGUGAUUACGGCAAUGAAGCGGAAGUGGGACGUGGUUUGAAGAAAGCAAUUCAGGAUGGAUUGGUCAAGCGUCAAGAAUUGUUUGUGGUUUCCAAGUUAUGGAAUACCUUCCACUCGAAAGACCAUGUACGCUCUGCUGCCGAAAAGCAAUUGAAAGAUUGGAACUUGGAGUAUUUUGACUUGUACCUGGUUCACUUCCCUGUGCCGUUGAAAUACGUUGACCCAAAGGAUAAAUAUCCACCAAGCUGGUAUCAGCCUAACAACGAGGACAGCCUCGAAUUUGAGCGUUCGCCUAUGCACGAAACAUGGCGCGAAAUGGAGAAACUGGUGGAUGAUGGAUUGGCGCGCAAUAUCGGUAUUUCCAAUUUCAACGUUCAGUCAGUCUUGGACUUGUUAAGUUAUUGCCGAAUCAAACCCGCCACAUUGCAAGUCGAAAUUCACCCUUAUUUGCCCCAAAAGCGUCUGGUGGAAUGGGUACAGUCUCAGGGAAUUCAAGUGACAGCUUAUUCAUCAUUCGGUCCAGGCUCCUAUAGUGGUAUGUCUGAAGCGGGAAAGACCACACAACCUCUGCUUAGCCACGACAAAAUCAAGGCGAUUGCCGAUAAGUACAAAGUGUCAACCGGUCAAGUGUUGCUGCGAUGGGCUAUUGAAAGAGGCAUCGCUGUUAUCCCAAAGAGCGAGCACGAAGAGCGUUUGAAAUCCAAUCGCGAUGUAUUCUCUUGGUCUUUGGACAAGGAAGAUCAGAAAGAAAUCGAUUCGCUCAGCUGUGGAUUACGUUUCAAUAAUCCCGAUGAUAUGGGCUUGGGCUUACCAUUGUUUGCUUAA